GGCGCUGGCACGGGGAGGGCUCCUCUGCCGUCCCUCCCUCCCCUCCUGCAGACCCCCCCGGCCGCCCUCUCGCACAAAAGCAGGAAUUAGCUGACUGAAGGCAGCGCAGGCUCGGAAAUCCAUCCCCAAACCCCGCGGAGGGGAGGGAAGGAGGCGGCGAGGGAGCAGCAGCAGCCAUGGGAGAGCACCAAUAAUCCAUCCCCGAUCCCAGCGAGCCGCAGAGCGGCGGGGAAAGCCGCCCCGGAUGCAUCCCCGCGCUCCUCCAUCCUCAUCCUCGUCGCCAUCGCCGGCCGGGGGCCGCACCUGCUGAGGCGCAUCCGUCGGGAGGAGGAAUGAGCCGGCAGGGAGGAAGGCUCGCCUUUGUUCCCCUCUGAGCAGCAGCGCCUCCUGAGCCCUUCCCGGGGGGAUCUGCUGGCUCCAGCCCCUGCCGGGAGCCAUGGGCACCACGGAGGCCACGCUGCGCAUGGAGAACGUGGACGUGAAGGAGGAAUGGCAGGACGAGGACUUCCCCAGGCCUCUCCCAGAAGAGACGGGGAUGGAGUCCCUGGGAAGCCCCACGGAAGAUGAGACCACGUCCUCUCCCCCCAACACGCUGAACUUUAACGGGGCCCAUCGGAAGAGGAAGACUCUGGUUGCGCCCGAAAUCAACAUUUCCCUGGACCAGAGCGAGGGCUCCAUCCUCUCCGACGACUUCCUGGACACCCCCGACGACCUGGACAUCAACGUGGAUGACAUCGAGACCCCCGACGAGACGGAUUCCCUGGAAUUCCUGGGCAACGGCAACGAGCUGGAAUGGGAAGAUGACACCCCCGUGGCCACGGCCAAGAACAUGCCCGGGGACAGCGCCGACCUGUUUGGGGACGGGGCCGCAGAGGAUGGCAGUGCCACCAACGGCCGCCUCUGGAGGACCGUCAUCAUCGGCGAGCAGGAGCACAGGAUCGACCUGCAGAUGAUCAAACCCUACAUGAGGGUGGUGACGCACGGAGGAUACUACGGAGAAGGUCUCAACGCCAUCAUCGUCUUUGCUGCCUGCUACCUGCCGGACAGCAACCUGGCUGAUUACCACUACAUCAUGGAAAACCUCUUCCUGUACGUGAUCAGCAGCCUGGAGCUGCUGGUGGCUGAGGACUACAUGAUCGUGUACCUGAACGGGGCCACGCCCCGCAGGAGGAUGCCGGGCCUGGGCUGGCUCAAGAAAUGCUACCAGAUGAUUGACAGAAGGCUGAGGAAGAACCUCAAGGCCCUCAUCAUCGUGCACCCCUCGUGGUUCAUCCGGACCGUGCUGGCCAUCUCCAGACCCUUCAUCAGUGUGAAGUUCAUCAAUAAGAUCCAGUACGUCCACAGCCUGGAGGAGCUGGAGCAGCUCAUCCCCAUGGAGCACGUGCAGAUCCCAGACUGUGUCCUGCAAUAUGAAGAAGAGAGGAUCAAGGCCAGAAAAGAAAGGGCAGAGGAGAAGCAAGACAUGGCUGAGAGGGAAAGCAGGCCCGUGCCCCCAGCAGAGGAUCAGGAGACCAGCAUGUCCUGAGUGGGAGCAGCACGGAGGAAUGGAGUAGGAGAAGGAGCAGCCUGGCAGUCACCCACCUCAACCACCUCUGGGGACAAGAGCUUGCCACCACCUUCUUCCCAGUCCUGUAAAUCCUGGAGCCUGCCUCCUCUGCCUCCAAGGCGCAAAGUCCUUUAACCUCUUGGGAAUCACUUUCCUUUUUUUUUUAAAAAAAAAAAAAAAGAAGAACAAAAACCAAACAAAGCCCCCCCAGAAAAUGAAGCAAGAGCGGCACUUUACAGGACAGGUUCUGGUGUGUUUAGGGAAUGGCCCGUGGAGAGCAUCGGCGCAGUGCAAACACUCACUGUGCAUCCUCGCAGCGAGUCAGGAGCAUCCUCCAGCCCGUGAAUCUCCAGCCCAGAAAGAGAAUUUAUUUUUGGUUUCAAUCAUGAACCCUUCCCUUCACUCGCUGCUGGCCAGCGCGGAGCACCCCCAGCUUCCUCCAGGACACCCCAAAAGCUGCCACCCCCUGGAAUAACGACCACAGGCAACGGGAAGAGCUUCUCCCUCCUCUUUCCAGCCGGUGUGAGUUUCUUCCAGAAGAUUCCACGUGCCCACAGCCUGGGCAGCACUGCCAGCUCCCACCGCCGCCCGUCCCUCUGGAACUCGUUCCCAGCGGGAAAUCCCGUGGCUCUUCCGUGGUUUUUCCGUGGUUUUUUUCCUGGUUUAUCCCAUCCAGGUGCGUGGGGCACUCUGAAGGGAUCCCACAGAACCUUCUGCUGAGGGCACGCACCCCAAAGGGUUCAGAAGGAGCCUCACAGCACAGGGAGGUUCUCCACGCCUUGUCCUCGUCCCCGUGUCGCGCCGCUGGACAAUCACUCGCUGCCAGGAGCUGCCAGCCUCUCCCAGGAGCUGCUGAAACGUUGGGAAUUUCCCUCAGGAGGGCCUCACCCAGCAGCAUUCCUGCCCGGAACGCCCCCACGGAGGGUGCAGAGCACAGGGCUGGCUGCUGCAGCCGAGAGGGGCAGGUGGGACUUUGACUCUUGGAAUUCGGGAUUUGGACUCGUGAGGAUUCUGUGAGCAAAGGAGAGGGGAAAAGAAAUUCAGGAGCAACUGUCUGGCCACAAUUCUUUGGAAACUCCUGAUUUCAGAGCCAGAGCCAGCGUGCAUGGCCUCAGGCUGGAUCCUGGCAGUGCCCAAGGCCAGGCUGGACGGGGACUGGGACAGUGGGAGGUGUCCCUGCCAUGGCUGAAACUGGAUGGGAUUAAAGUUCCCUCCAAAUCAUUCCAGGAUUCCCUGAUUCCACAAUCAGGUAAAACCCCUCCCAAACACCUGCAGGUGAAGAAUUCCCUGCCCCUUUCAUCACUUCAAGGAGAAUUUGGCCGAGCAGGAUUUUCCCUGAAGGUGGGGAUGGCUCCUCUGGGCACACAGAGCUGCUUUUCUCCUCCUUUCAGUCAACAAAACCACUCUGGAUGAGAUCCUUCUUCCUCUGGGUGCUCCAAGGAAGCACCAAAAGUACUUUUCAACCUUCGUUCUCGUUUGGGACGUUCUCCUCACACACUGCAGCCACGGAUGGAAAGCAGAGCGCUGCGCCCACAGCACCACCCCAGAGGCUGAAGAUGGAAAAAAAAAUUAAAAUUCCACAUUCCAUCUUAAAAAAAACCACCAAACAAGGUCUUUAUAAAGCAAUUAUUGACAAAAUAUUCCAAGCUGGAAGGGGCUGGGAUCAUGGCAGGUGUCCCACUGGAUGGGAUUUAAGGUUCUUUCCAACUCAACCUGGGAUUUUUAUGAGGAAUUCUGUGCUUCGAGGCAAGAAGAGCCCUCCAGGAGUUCGUGGAGCUCAGGUUUAUUCCAGGUGACACCUCCCUGCUGUCCUGAGCUCCCAGCUCUGUCUGGAGGCAGAAAGAGCAGCCAGGAAUUCCCAAAUUCCCUCAGCAGAGCUGGGAUCCCUCCCUGGCUCUGUCCCAGGGGCUGAACAGCCCCGGGGUGAAGGAAGGACUUUGCUGAUUAAAUUCCAAUUUCAGUUCUGGCCAUGAACAACCACCAAGCUCCUCUGGACCCAGAGGCUGGGAAUUCACUGAGAACACUUCAAGAUGAUUUUUUUUUUUCUCUUUUUUCCCUCUGUUUUUAUGGAUUUGGAGGAAAAACCAUCAGCUGUUCCACCAUCAGCGACCCACGCUGGCACCGCAAGGGAAAUUUGCAAUUUUACAACAAUUAAAGUGGACAAAACGUUGAAUGAUGGGGUCAGAAUCCAACUCUAGAGAGAGUUUGGGCAUCAAAAAACGCUCCAAAAUGCUGCUGUGGUGGAAAAGAUGGGCGUGGGAGAGAAGGAAUGCCAGUCUCCUUUCAGAGGGGGCUCUGGAUCCUCUGAUCCUGAAUGGAAUUUGCUGUUUGGUCGUUUCAUUCCUGCCCAAAAGCACUCUGUCUGCACUUUCAGGAAAAACAAAAAAAAACCCACACAGAACGAGCAGAUCUGACAAUGAAACUUCACCUUUUUCCAAGUAAUUCCUUCAGAGCAAGGGAAUUUCAGCUGGGAAAAGGACAGAUCCCCAGUUUCCCUCCACCAGAGGGAGGUGGGCACUUGUUUCCGUGCAAAAAUCAAUGUUUUGACUUCUUGGAAGUGAUUUUUGGUUUUGUUCUGUUUCAAAAAGUGCACUUUGUGACGGAGCACUCCGAGUGGUGUGCGCUGGAUUUUAAUUUUCCACAGUUUUAUAAGCAUGGGAAGUUUACGUUCAUGGAUGGAUGGAUGGAUGGAUGGACACACGGAUAAAGUUUUUAUGUCUUUUAACACAAAGAAGAACCUGCAGCCUCACCAAGGAGAAAUUAGAAAUGCCAAAAGUGCAUUUUACAGCAGCAAAAAAAUUUUGAAAACAUUAAUUAUCAUUAACUCGUUUCAACCAGUGAUUUUAGGUGUUGAUUGCAAAACAAAAAGCUACAAAUUCUUGGACAAAAACACCAAAAAAAUAAAAAUGUCCCUGUCCCAAAGGUGGAGUGACAAAUCUCAGCUGGAUGGGGAGAAAUCUGCACUGCUGCUGGUAGAAGUGCAUUUCCAGUAGAACUUUGACCAGUAUAUAAAUAUAUAAAUAUGUUUAAAGAAGAAAAUGAAAUAAACUUCAUCCCUUUAGCAAUACUGCUGGACUGCUCAGUGCCCCAAACGUGCGCCAGGCCCCGUCCCUGCCUCAGCAAACCAUCCCUGGAGGAUCAAAUCCUCACUUCUGAACUCCCUGGAUUAUACUGAGCACUUUCUGGUCCGAUCUGACUUUUCCUGAGAUUUUUCUUCCCCGGUGAAUCCGUGGGAAGUCACAUUUUAGCUGCAGAAAAGGUUCUUUUUUGCCCACGUUCACGGAAGUCCCGGUGUUUUCACUCGUUGCGUGUUGAAUGGCAGGACCUCAGUCCACAUCAGCCUGAAAAAUCCAAUUUCUUCCUGUGCAGAGCAGGAAUUCCCUUCCCCUCUCUCGGAGGAUUCACCCUCAGCUCCAGAAACUCCAACUUUUCUGGUUUUUCCACCCAGAUUUGGGAGUGAGCGCGGAUUUCUGCUGUGGUUCCCAAGGAAGGCUCAGGAGCCACAGCUGGGACCCCGCCGUGGCUUCCAGGGCAGGGAUUCAUCCCAAACCUUUCUGUCCAGUGCUGUGUGAAUGUCAGUGGAUAUUUAGAGCUUCCCUCGUGGUAAUUUUUCCAUCUUUAUACCCCACGGAGGUGCAGGAAAGGCUUUAAAGGCCACAAAUCCUCUUUUUUAGAGGGUUUCAAAAACCCAGGAGCCGAGGAAAGGCUGGUGGUGAUGAGCUGGGAUGGGCCCGGAGCAGGAGAAAGGGACAAAAACCCCACAAAAAGCACAUUUCUCUCUUUUCUAUUUCCUUCUUUCCUUCCUCCCUGGCAGCCAGAAACGCAGCGGGUUUUGGUAAAGCGGAGUUGAGAACUCACCACGACAAUAAACCACAACCCCAGGGUUGGUUUUUGUGUUUUUAUUUUCUUUUUUUUUGUCCUUCCCAGCCCGACCCCACCCGUACCAACGUGUGAAAUGUCAUUUUCUGCAGUGGUUGUAGUUAGGUGGUUUGUGCUAGCGGACUCUUCGUCUGUACCCCGAGUUUUGCUUUGUAUUAUUCCAUAAAAAUCUGUGGCUAUUCUAUUAAAACCAGACGAAUCCUUCAGCCGA